AUGCCCCUCGUCGUCCCGGAAAUCAGCGAGAACGACCAGGCUGCCUGGGCCGCAAAGUUGUUGGGAAAGAAACUCACUGAGGAUGUCACCAACGAUGUUUCUUUUGCAACAAAGGAUCUUCCAGAGAAGCACCGCGUCAUCAAACCCGGCUAUGCCAUGACCAUGGAUUUCGUUCCAGAGCGAUUGAACGUUUACGUCGACGACUCCGAUAAAGUAGUCAAGGUCAAGCAUGGUUGA